AUGAUUACGAAGUACUUCACGAAGGUUUACGUGAGGUUUAACCCAUUUGGCAAGGAAGCUAAGAAUGCUAGGCUGUUCCUCAGCUCGAUACCACCUUUGCAGAGAACCACUAAUACUCAAGUAUCUCAUGAAAUCAUAUCUGGAUCUUCUACCGGAAGUCCACUACUAAGAGUCACAUUCAGAGAUAAGACGGAGAUGGAAUUGGAUCCUAGUAAGUUAUCAUUCAAAGAAGUAUCAAACUACUUUGAUGGCCAUUCCAGAAAGCUGCAGAUCAAGGACGUUACCGAGAACCAGUGA